UAGCUACUAGAAAUGACAUGAACCGUAUGAAUGAUAACAACAUAAAACUUUAUUUCAUUUUUGUUAGGGUCUACUAACCAGGUUGAGAUCAGCGAGAAGAGAGAAUGUUACAGCUGUUAUUUACGAUAGCUUUCUCGGCGGCGCCGUUAACGCUGUACAUACCGCCGAUCAGAUGUUUGACGGCGUUCGCUCGGACGAUGGAGGAGAUGGGUGUUGAAGGUAGGGCUUACAGGGUGAGAGUCUUCGCUCGCGCAAGAAUUGCUUGGUCUAGGCUUCUCGAUUGCCUCUUCUCCUCUUCUCCUCGCCGUCCUUAAUUUAUUUAACUGUUCCUUGUCUCUUUCUCUGUACAUAUAUCAUCAUGUUCCUCUCUCUCACUUUCCCUUCGCUGUGUUUUUUUGAUCACGUAAUAUGUUUUAGAUUUGGUGGAUAUAUUUCAUGAUGAUGAUAGAACAGAGACUUAGGUUCUUGUUCUUGAUCUUAAUAAAUAGAGAUUGAUCAUAA